AUGGCGCUGGUGCUGAUUUGCGGCCAGCCGUGCAGCAGCAAGUCUACGAUAGCGAGGCAGCUUGUAGCGGCUCUCGAGGCUGCUAUUAACGAGCAGCAGAAUAGCGCUCCCGGCGAUAGAAGAUUAAGUGUUGUCCUCCUAGGCGAGGAGCAGCUUCACAUAGGCCGAGACGAUGGCUACCAAAAUAUGGUGGCCGAGAAGAAUCUGCGAGGAUCGCUGCGAUCUGAAGUGGAUCGUGCGGUCGGCAAGGAUCGAAUCGUGAUCGUCGAUUCGCUGAACGCCAUCAAGGGCUAUCGCUACGAGCUGUGUGGGCCGCAAUCGCUGGGACUCGCCCUCUUUGAACUUCAUCCAGCCACCGAGCAAGCAGCAGAGGAGGCAGAGCGGGUUAUAGGCGAGGUGGUGACACUGCUGGUGGGAGGAAGUGGAGCAGCAAACGGACAGGGGCGAGCAGGCAGAGCAUUGCAACCAACAGUUGCCACUCAAACAGCUACACCGUCAGAUGCCAAUGUGCUCUAUGAGAUGGACCGGGCCACAAAGGAGGUGAUAUCUGCCGUGAUGGAUGCUCAGGCAUCGCUAGGAGGCGCCUCAUCACCAUUUACUGUAAACUUGGGACCAAAUAACAACAUAGGCAGGAUGGUGGCCGCAGGAACAACCGUGAAGGACGUGUCGCCGCAUGCGUUCGUCAAGGCGUAUGCGGCUCACUUGAAGCGCACAGGCAAGAUUGAGGUUCCCACAUGGGCUGACAUCGUCAAGACAGGAACCUACAAGGAACUUGCGCCCUAUGAUCCCGAUUGGUACUACAUCCGCGCUGCCUCCAUGGCUCGCAAGGUGUACCUGAAGCCUGGCGUUGGAGUCGGUGCCUUCAAGAAGAUCUACGGCGGGCCGAAGAACAACGGGUCGCGGCCGUCGCACUUCUGCAGGAGCAGCGGGUCCGUCGCCCGGCACGUGCUGCAGCAGCUCGAGUCCAUCGGCAUCGUCGAGCAGGACGCCAAUGGUGGGCGUCGCAUCACCUCUGACGGGCAGCGUGAUCUUGACCGCAUUGCUGGACGAGCUGCUGCUGCUGCUGUGGAAGCAUCCGACAAGAUGCAGGGCGCCGAGGUUUCGAAGCAGGUGCAGCAGAUGGUCGAGUUUAUCCGUCAAGAGGCGGAGGAGAAGGCUAAUGAAAUUGCUGUUGCUGCGGAAGAGGAGUUCAACAUUGAAAAGCUGCAGCUCGUAGAGGCGGAGAAGAGAAAGAUCCGUCAAGAAUAUGAGCGCAAGGAGAAGCAAGUCGAGAUCGCGAAGAAAAUCGAUUAUUCCAAGCAGCUGAAUGCCUCGCGACUGAAAGUGCUGCAAGCUCAGGACUCCAUUGUCAAAGAGAUGAAGGCUGCAGCAGAGAAAGAGCUCUUGAAGGUUUCUAGUGACACGAAGAAGUACACUGAACUGUUGAAGGAUGUGAUUGCUCAGGGACUUGUGCGCCUGAACGAGUCUGCGGUACAGCUUAGAUGCCGUGAAGCUGAUGUUGCUGCUGUGAAAGCUGCUCUGCCCGGCGCUAUCCAGGAGUAUGUAACUGUAACCAAGCAAACAGCGCCGACAGUGGACGUGGAUACUGUCAAGUUUCUGCCUGCUGCACCCCACUGUGCCGGAGGUGUUGUAAUGGCUUCUAAGGAUGGUCGUGUGGUCUGCUCCAACACACUCGAUGCUCGUCUUGAGAUUGCAUUCAAGCAAAAUCUUCCUGCCAUCCGUGCAUCCAUGUUCAAGACAAGUGUGGUCUCCUAA